UGAGAGCCGGCACCCGGAAGCGCCGGAGAAAGCGGGGCGCGCAGGCAUCGCGCUGGGUUCCUUCGUCUGCGGGGUCGUGGAGUCCAAGCAGCCUGCAGAGGUGUUAAGUAAGGGUCCUUCAAGGCGGGAACCGUAUUCCAUGCACGGAGGUAGCCCACGUUCAAAUAAAAGUACCGAAAAUCAUAAGGCCCCAGUUCCCAGUUCUGAUGGGAGUUAUCCUCGUGACGCACAGAGAUAAAGGCCAUCCCUGGGUGAAGGUCGGCUUGCUACCAGCAGGCUGCAGCGGGAGGACUGGACCUGGAAGGCUCCCUCAAAAUGGGCCCUGGCUGCAACUCUGGGAGUAACCGGUUCACUGAACGUGAGUCCAGAAUGACGUCCAAGCCCUGAGAAAAGUGGCACAAAGCCACCGCCGCGAAGGUGUUCCAAGCUGCAGGUUACCACCAAAGAACAUGAUUUUGGUCUAGGGGCUCCAGUUUCUGAAGGUGAAAACUACCAGAAUACUCUCCAGCUAGAACAAGAAGCGAGAAACCAAGACAGAUUCAUCUGGACACUGAAAUUACAGAGUGUUGCCAGGCUGGAGUAUAGUGGCAUGAUCUCAGCUCAUUACAACCUCUGCCUCCUGGGUUCAAGUGAUUCUCCUGCCUCAGCCUCCUGAGUAGCUGGGAUUACAGGCGCAUGCCACCAUGGCCGGCUGAUUUUUGUAUUUUUAGUAGAGACGGGGUUUCACCAUGUUGGCCAGGCUGGUCUUGAACUUCUGAACUCAGGCGAUCCACUUGCCUUGGCCUCCCAAAGUGUUGGGAUUAUUGGUGGGAACCACUGCACCUGGCCUCGACAGACAACUUUUAAAACAGUAACUAUCUACUCCGAACAAAUACUGCAGAAGAAGCUACAGCCCCAUUUCACAUUUCUUUAUAGCACAGGCCAAAUAAAGUGCCUAGGCUUUCCACUUUAACAGACUGUAACAAGGAGCCCCACUUGUGCCUCAACCCCUUUUCUUCUCUCCUCACUUGUCCCACACCAGGGUGAUAUCAGAGAAGGCUAAGUGGGAAACUAGGACUUUUAUCCUCACCAGGGGAUAAGGAGGUCCUGAACCCUAUGAUGUCAGCAGAGAUAACAUGAGAAGCCAGGCCAUCUACUCCCACCUUAUUGUACUCGUUCUUGCUGUGGUGGUGUCAGAGAGACCUGAACUUUUACCACCCAUGCUGUCAGUGGGAGACACAUGGGGAACAUUAAUGAGGUGCCUCUGGGAUUCCUCCCAGGCUGAUGAUAAUGGCAGAGGCCCAGUGGGGAGCCUGAACGCUCUUGCUUAGCACUAUCUAGAAACACCACCCUUUCCAGGUAUCAACGGAUGACAAAUAGAGGAACUGGACUUCUACUUUGACCUACCAGAAAUAAGCCAACGUCCCCCCCUCCUUUUUAGUUGGAGCAGUGUCACAGGAGGUCUACUAAAACAUAAGAUCCAGAGUCUUAUAAUGCCAGGUCUCAAUUUUUAAAGAAGACAUUGUCAUCAGAAGAAUCAGGAAGAUCUGAGAAAAGACAGUUAAGAUAAGCCAACACUGAAAUGGAAUGGACGUUACAAUUAUCUGGCAAGGACUUUAAAGCAGUCAUAAAAAUGCUUCUGUAAGCAAUUAUGAUCAUGCUAGAAAUGAAUGAAGAAAAGUCGUCUCAGGAAAAAAUAAGAGAUACAAGGAAGAAUCAAAUGGAAAUUUUGGAACUAAAAAAUAACUGGUUCACAUAAAAAUCAGCAUAUGAAUGUUUAUAGCAACUUUAUUAUAAUUGCCAAAAACUUAGAAGCAACCAAGAUGUCCUUCAAUAGGUGAAUGGAUAAGCAAAUUGUUGUACACCCAUACAAUGGAGUACUAUUCAGUGUCUUUUAAAAAUGAGCAAUGUAGCCAUGAAAAGACACAGUGGAACCUUGAAAUCAUGUUGCAAAGUUGUAAAAGCUGUGAAAUGUAUGAUUGCAACUACAUGAAGGUUAUACAACUAUAGAAACCAUAAAAAGAGCAGUAGUUACCAGGAAUUGGAGGGGGAGGGGAUGACUAGGUAGAGUACAGGAUGUUUAGGGCAAUGAAACUAUUCUGUAUGAUACACUAAUAGUGGAUACAUGUGACCCUAUGUAUGUCAAAACUCACAGAAUGAAUAACACCAAGAGUGAAUCCUAAUGUGAACUAUAGACAUUCGUUAUUAAUAAUGUAACAAUAUUGUUUGAUCAGUUGUAACACAUAUACCACAUUAAUACAAAAUGUAAAUAAUAGAGGAAACUCUUUGUUGAGGGAGAGAGGAAGUAUGUGGGAACUCUCUGUACUUCCUAAUCAAUUUUUUGUAAACCUAAAACUACUCUAAAAACUUAGUCUAUUAACUACAUGAGAGCAAAUGUUUCCAAAUUACCUAUCUGAAAAGGGCUUAAUAUCCAGAAUAUACAAAGGACUUCUACAACUAGCCCCUUUUCCCCAAAAAACUGUAAUUAAAAAAUGGGCAAAGAACUUGAACAGACAUUUCUCCAAAGAAGAUAUACAAAUGUCAGUAAAUACAUGAAAAAGAUGCUCAACAUCACCAACCAUUUAGAAAUGCAAAUCAAAACCAUGAGAUACCACUUCAUUGCCAUUAGGAUGGUUGUUAUAAUGGAAAAUAACAAGUGCUGGUGAGGAUGUGAAGAAACUGGAAAACUUGUGCAUUGCUGAUGGGAAUGUAAAACGGUGCCACCAUGGUGAAAAAUCUUUUGAUGGUUUCUUAGAAUUUUAAAGACAGACUAACCAUACGAAUCAGCAAUUCCAUUCCCAGAUUGAAGAUCUCAAACAGACAAAUCAUGGCUUGGAAGAAUAUGUUAGGAAACUCUUGGAUAGUAAGGAGGUGGUAAGCAGUCAAGUAGAUGAUUUAACCAGCCACAAUGAGCGUCUUUGUAAAGAAUUGAUUAAAAUUGACCAACUUGCAGAGCAACUACAAAAAGAGAAAAAUUUUGUAUUGGAUAUCACUAACAAGGAACUUGAAGAAGCCAAGAUUGAACUCAUUUGCCAGCAAAAUAAUAUUAUAGUAUUGGAAGAUACAAUAAAAAAACUUAAAUCUAUAAUUUUAGAGACUGAAAAAGCGCAAAAUAAAUCUCCUUCUAGACUUGAUUCCUUUGUCAAGACUUUGGAAGCAGACAGAGAUUACUAUAGAAGUGAAGCUCAAAAUUUGAGAAAGAUGAUGAGAAGUAGGUCUAAAAGUCCAAGACGCCUGUCACCAACUGCCCGGGGUGCAAACUGUGAUGUAGAACUUUUGAAGACAACAAGAGAUCGUGAAGAACUUAAAUGCAUGCUGGAAAAAUAUAAGCGCCAUUUGGCAGAAAUUCAGGGUAAUGUCAAGGUUCUUACAUCUGAGAGAGACAAGAACUUCCUUCUUUAUGAACAGGCACAGGAAGAAAUUGCCCGACUUCGACGAGAAAUGAUGAAAAGCUGUAAGAGUCCUAAAUCAACAACAGCACAUGCUAUUCUUCGGCGAGUGGAGACUGAAAGAGAUGUAGCCUUCACUGAUUUACGAAGAAUGACCACAGAACGAGAUAGUCUAAAGGAAAGGCUAAAGAUUGCUCAAGAUACAGCAGUGCAUGAGAAGGCUCACCUGGAACAAAGGAUAGAGGAGCUGGAGUGUACAAUUCAUAAUCUUGAUGAUGAACGUAUGGAGCAAAUGUCAAAUAUGAGUUUGAUGAGGGAAACCAUAAGCACUGUGGAAAAAGAAAUGAAAUCACUAGCAAGAAAGGCAAUGGAUACUGAAAGUGAACUUGGCAGACAAAAAGCAGAGAAUAACUCUUUGAGACUGUUAUAUGAAAACACAGAAAAAGAUCUUUCUGAUACUCAGCGACACCUUGCUAAGAAGAAAUAUGAGCUACAGCUUACUCAGGAGAAAAUUAUGUGCUUGGAUGAAAAAAUUGAUAAUUUUACAAGGCAAAAUAUUGCGCAGCGAGAAGAAAUCAGCAUUCUUGGUGCAACACUCAAUGAUCUGGCUAAAGAAAAGGAAUGCCUGCAAGCAUGUUUGGAUAAAAAAUCUGAGAAUAUUGCAUCCCUUGGAGAGAGUUUGGCAAUGAAAGAAAAGACCAUUUCAGGCAUGAAGAAUAUCAUUGCUGAGAUGGAACAGGCGUCAAGACAGUCUACUGAGGCCCUAAUUAUGUGUGAACAAGACAUUUCCAGAAUGCGUCGGCAAUUGGAUGAGAAAAAUGAUGAACUGGCCCAGAUCGCCAGUGAAAGAGAUAUCUUGGCUCAUGACAAUGACAAUCUCCAAGAACAGUUUGGUAAAGCUAAACAAGAAAACCAGGCACUGUCCAAAAAAUUGAAUGACACUCAUAAUGAACUUAAUGACAUAAAACAGAAGGUUCAGGACACUAAUUUGGAGGUUAACAAGCUGAAGAAUAUAUUAAAGUCUGAAGAAUCUGAGAACCGGCAAAUGAUGGAACAACUACGAAAAGCCAAUGAAGAUGCUGAAAACUGGGAAAGUAAAGCCCGUCAAUCAGAGGCAGAUAACAAUACCCUAAAAUUGGAACUUAUCACUGCUGAGGGAGAGGGUAACAGAUUAAAAGAAAAAGUAGAUUCCCUCAACAGAGAGGUUGAGCAACACUUAAAUGCAGAAAGGUCUUACAAGUCCCAGAUUUCUACCUUACAUAAGUCUGUUGUAAAAAUGGAAGAGGAGCUUCAGAAGGUUCAGUUUGAAAAAGUGUCUGCUCUUGCAGAUUUGUCUUCUACUAGGGAACUUUGCAUUAAACUUGACUCAAGCAAAGAACUUCUUAAUCGACAGCUGGUUGCUAAAGAUCAAGAAAUAGAAAUGAUGGAGAAUGAGUUAGAUUCUGCUCGUUCUGAAAUUGAACUCCUGAGGAGUCAGAUGACAAAUGAGAGAAUCUCCAUGCAGAAUCUAGAAGCUUUGCUGGUGGCCAAUCGAGACAAAGAAUAUCAGUCUCAGAUAGCACUUCAAGAAAAAGAAUCUGAAAUUCAGCUUCUUAAGGAACACCUUUGUUUUGCAGAAAAUAAAAUGGCCAUCCAGAGUAGAGAUGUGGCCCAGUUCAGAAAUGCUGUCACACAAUUGGAAGCUGAUUUAGACAUUACCAAAAGACAACUAGGAACAGAGCGCUUUGAAAGGGAGAGGGCCGUGCAAGAACUUCGCCGCCAAAAUUACUCAAGUACUGCUUAUCAUAUGAGUUCUACAAUGAAGCCAAAUACAAAAUGUCAUUCACCAGAACGUGCUCACCAUCGAUCUCCUGACCGAGGACUAGAUCGAUCAUUAGAAGAGAAUCUUUGCUACAGAGAUUUCUGACGUGAAAUGAUUCUUCACAUCCCUGAGAAAGGUCAAAGUAACAAACUGAUUUUUUUUUGUGCUACAUGAUUGCAUUUAUCUUUUAAAUGCUUGGCGAUGUUAAAUGUAUUUAUUAACUUUGUGUGUCUGAAUCUCUGUUCUGAUGUGCCAUGUUGCAAUGAUCUGAGAAAACUUAUAAAAACAAAAAUGCACAUGGCUCUUUCUAUCCAUGCAGUAAUGGUGAGUGUAAAAUCUGCUUACGUCACUAUUGAACACUGUUAUGUUCACUAUCCGGAGUAAAUAAAGAAGUUUAUUAAAACAGGGCAAAGUGUUUUUA